GUGAAACCCACUAUUAAAGACAAGGUUUAGUUUGGUGGCAUAAUAUCUAACUUCACCGCUUUUCAUUUCUUCGUUGUGCUGUGAGCAAAGAGAGAGUGAGUUUCAUAAUGGCGGCGAGGAGGAGCGGUUUACCUUUGAUGAAAUACUUGAGAGUGCAGGUUGAUUCUCUUCCACUCAACUACCAAUCUCCUUUGCGUCUUUUUCCCAAUCCCUUCCUUCGUCGCUUCAGCGAUGAGGUUAGGGGUACCUUUCUCGACAAAUCUGAGGUCACAGAUCGCGUCAUUUCAUGCGUCAAAAGUUUCCAGAAAGUUGAUCCUUCUAAGGUUACUCCAUCUGCUAAUUUCCAGAGUGACCUAGGAUUGGAUAGUUUAGAUGCUGUAGAAGUUGUGAUGGCUCUUGAAGAAGAGUUUGGGUUUGAGAUUCCUGAUAAUGAAGCAGAUAAGAUCAACUCCAUCAAUGUUGCUGUUGAUUUCAUUGCAUCUCAUCCUCAGGCUAAGUAGACGAAUCCAUGAGGCUAGCUGUAUAAUUUUCAUUUUAUUGAAUCAUAAAGUAGUGUAGAAUCAUCAAACUUUUACGACAUUCUUUGCCUUACUUGUUUGCUUCAAAAUUGGAACUUCAAUUUCUCGGCCCUAAAUCCCAGAUUUGUGUUUUGGCUGGGGAUGUGGCAACCUGAAUGCUAUUUUACUUUUUGUAAUAUUGGCAUAGCAGAACUUUGCAUUUUAUGCUCCCUCAUUUUUCAUGUCAAUAAAAUUGUGUUAGAUUUGUGAUAAUAGAAUCUUGAGAUCGUAGUUGUCCUCA